UUCCUGGCAUGGACGGAGGUGCUUUAACUGACACAAGUCUCACAGAUUCCUAUUUCAGCACCAGCUUUAUUGGAGUCAAUGGAUUUGGAAGCCCUGUAGAAACAAAGUAUCCCUUGAUGCAGAGAAUGACUAGUAGUAGCAGCUCCCCAAGCCUUCUAAAUGACAGUGCCAAGCCAUAUGCAGGCCAUGAUCAUCUGACUUCACCUGCUUCAUCCUUGUUUAAUGACUUCGGUGCCCUCAACAUCUCCCAGAGAAGGAAGCCAAGGAAGUGUCGCCUGGGGAUGCUGGAGGAGAGGCUAGUUCCGAUGGGAUCAAAGGCACGAAAAGCAAAGAACCCUAUUGGCUGCCUUGCUGACAGGUGUAAAUCAGGAGUACCCAUCAAUAUGGUUUGGUGGAACAGAGUCACAGAAAACAAUUUACAGACACCAAAUCCUACUGCAAGCGAGUUUAUACCUAAAGGAGGAUCAACCUCCAGGCUGAGUAACGUGUCCCAGUCAAAUAUGUCUGCCUUCUCUCAAGUUUUCUCUCACCCAUCCAUGGGAAGUCCUGCUACUGCUGGAUUAGCACCAGGAAUGUCACUGUCUGCUGGAUCCUCCCCUCUCCAUUCCCCCAAAAUUACUCCACACACCUCUCCUGCUCCUAGAAGAAGAAGCCACACUCCAAACCCAGCGAGUUUCAUGGUGCCGCCUAGUGCCUCCACUCCUGCCAAUAACCCUGUUCCUCAGACUCCAUCCUCUGGUCAGGUGAUCCAGAAGGAGACUGUUGGGGGGACGACUUACUUCUAUACAGAUACAACUCCAGCACCUGUGACUGGAAUGGUAUUUCCAAACUAUCAUAUUUAUCCUCCAACUGCACCUCAUGUUGCUUAUAUGCAACCAAAAGCAAAUGCACCUUCCUUCUUCAUGGCCGAUGAACUCCGACAGGAAUUGAUCAACAGACAUUUAAUAACGAUGGCUCAAAUUGAUCAAGCGGAUAUGCCAGCAGUCCCCACAGAAGUUGACAGCUACCAUAGCCUCUUCCCUCUAGAACCACUGCCACCCCCCAACCGGAUACAAAAAUCAAGUAAUUUUGGGUAUAUCACAUCUUGCUACAAAGCUGUAAAUAGCAAAGAUGAUCUGCCAUAUUGCCUUCGGAGGAUACACGGUUUUCGUCUUGUUAACACAAAGUGCAUGGUGUUGGUUGAUAUGUGGAAAAAAAUUCAACACUCAAAUAUUGUAACUCUGCGUGAAGUGUUUACCACUAAAGCGUUUGCUGAGCCCUCUCUUGUGUUCGCAUAUGAUUUCCAUGCUGGAGGAGAAACUAUGAUGAGCAGACACUUUAAUGACCCUAAUGCAGAUGGCUACUUCACAAAGAGAAAGUGGGGCCAGCAUGAUGGACCACUGCCCAGGCAGCAUGCUGGACUAUUACCAGAGUCUCUCAUUUGGGCGUAUAUUGUCCAGCUGAGUUCUGCUCUACGCACUAUUCAUACAGCUGGUUUGGCAUGUCGAGUAAUGGAUCCAACAAAGAUUCUGAUAACUGGCAAAACAAGGUUGCGAGUAAAUUGUGUAGGAGUUUUUGACGUUUUAACAUUUGAUAACAGUCAAAACAAUAAUCCUUUGGCGUUAAUGGCUCAGUACCAGCAAGCAGAUCUGAUAUCAUUAGGAAAAGUUGUGUUGGCUUUGGCUUGCAACUCUUUGGCAGGAAUUCAACGAGAGAAUUUACAGAAAGCCAUGGAAUUGGUGACAAUCAACUACUCCUCUGACCUGAAGAACCUCAUCUUGUACUUGUUGACUGACCAAAACAGGAUGCGGAGUGUGAAUGACAUCAUGCCUAUGAUUGGUGCUCGGUUUUAUACUCAGCUGGAUGCUGCUCAAAUGAGAAACGAUGUCAUCGAGGAGGACCUUGCUAAGGAGGUUCAAAAUGGAAGACUGUUUAGGCUUCUAGCAAAAUUGGGAACAAUCAACGAGAGGCCGGAGUUUCAGAAGGAUCCAACUUGGUCAGAGACUGGAGAUCGUUAUCUGUUGAAACUCUUUAGGGAUCAUCUUUUUCAUCAGGUCACAGAAGCAGGUGCUCCCUGGAUUGACCUCAGUCACAUCAUUUCCUGUCUUAACAAGUUAGACGCUGGUGUGCCAGAAAAAAUAAGCCUGAUUUCCAGGGAUGAGAAGAGCGUGCUGGUGGUGACGUACAGUGACCUAAAACGCUGCUUUGAAAAUACCUUUCAAGAACUGAUUGCAGCUGCAAAUGGUAACGAUCGGAACAGUAGCUGAAGGAGCAGGCCCUGCUGUUCUCCAGGUUCAUCCGGAGCCUUCUUCAAAGAGCCUGCCAGUCAGAUACACUUAACAUUGAUGCAAUUUUUAAUAGCAAAAAUGAAAUUGUGUUGAAGGCCUAAAGUUGAGGAGUUAUAUUACUUUAGGGUCUUUCCAUUUGCUUUUUUUUUUUUUUCUUUUUUUUUUUUUUUUCUUUUUUGUCUUUGAACUACAGCUUUAUAAUGGUACUUUACACUGGAUACAGACUCAGACGCUGUUGAGAAGGUGAAUUGAGCACAGCAGUGGUCUAAUGCUUUGCCGUCUUGACUCCAGAGGGACACCUCUCUGCUGUGCCUUUGCACUCACUGCUUAACCCAAAGUAACAGGCCUUGUGAUGAAACUCACUCUGCAGGAUCAUCCCGAGAAGCAGUGUUCCUCCUCGGAACUUUCUUACUAUUUGGACAUACACUUGUCGCCAAACUCGAGUAUUCAUGGGAUUGUGGUCACUUCAGUACUGAAGACUGCCAAAUACAUAGGGAUUUUCUCCUAAGGCCACCAUGAAGACUUCAUUCCUUCCCAGCGCUGAGUGGUCAGUUUGCGCUGGGUGUGCACCACAUGACUAGGAAGAAAAUGUGGAGCCUCAGAAGGUCAAGACAGACACCCAAGCACUUGCAGCUGAUGUUACUGUCUUCAUUUUUAACAAGCAUACGUAUUUGUAUAUUUCAGAGAAGUUUUUAACAUUUCUCUGCCCACUUUUUAUAAGCUUUAAAAUGAUUUCUCUCUGCCUUGAGAUUUGCAUCAAGAAAAAGCACCUCUUGUCACCUAGGGACACACUUCACAUGUUGAACAAGCACGCCUGCAUCCACGAGUGGUAGCAUCAGUUGUUAACGAGAAAAUCAAUUACUGCUUUUGAUCUGGAUGGAUUUUAAAAGAACAUAAUGUUCAAUAUUCAAAGGAUAAUGAACAUUUGCCACCAUGAUGUUCCUUUUGUUUAAAAGGACCUUUUAUUGAAAAGGAACAAGAACUUUCGAUGUAACACACAGAAGUCUCUAUCAUUAGCUCAUGUAUUUGAGGAAGAGCAGCUGUCUUUUUAUAUGUUUUUUGACAAAUCAUAUUGUAAUUCUUUUGUACAAAAAAGAACUACUUGUAUUCUAGAAGAAAUAUGAAAUGCUUACUUUAUAAGCGGGCUGGAGAUUUUCCAAUAUUGUUUUCUUUGAAAAUGAAAGGGGAUCAUCUAUUUUAGUUCAGGGGCCUGGGAACUUUCUGAAAAUUUCAUUUGUGGACCAAUGUUAUGUGAAUGCUAAAGAAGGGCAGGGGUAAAUUAGGGCUUGAAUCUCUCGUUCUGCAUAGACCAGCAAACUUCCCCUCUGCAAGGCAGGUUCACAUCACACACCUAAGAGUGUCUGCAUCGGAAACGCUAGUUUGCUUCAGCCCCUAGUAACCUCAGGGCUUGGUUUGGGUAUUAAAGGUAGUCAGCUGAACGUUUUCAUGAGUAAAUAUUGUCAGCCAGAAAACAGUUGGUGUCAGGUAAUGCAUAUUUUUUUAGCUUUGUUUUAUAUUUAUUUUUCAUUUCAUUUUUAUUGGGAAUGGUUUUCAAAAGAACUCUUGAGUUCUGCUUUGGUGUUUUUUUUGUGGGGGGAGGUUUUUUUGUUUUUAUUUUUUUGUUUUGAGGUUAUUGUUUUUUGGGGGGUUUUUUGUUUGUUUUUUUGGUUUUUUUGUUUUUUUUUUUUUUGUUUUUUUUUUUUUUUAAGGGAGCCCUCUUUUCCACAAUGUAAACCCAUUUAGGAGGUUGUCUGAAAGUUAAUAUUUAGUCCAUAGGAAGACUUCAAUAUCUGAGAGUAUCAAAUUAAGGAUGUGAACUUCCCAUAACUUCCUGUUAUGACAGACAAAGCACGGAAAGGACAACCCUUGAAAUCAUGUAAUGUCGCUCAUUUCAGCUGUCUGUGCCUAUUUUAAAUCCUGUUAGUGUAUUUACUUCAUUGCAGAUACCUUUGAGGGUGCCCUUGUAUUUUGCUUUGAACUUGGUUCUGUCAUUUGGAUAUCAACAUUGUUCCUAAAAAGCACCAGUAUGUUAAGUUCUAACAUCACAGUCCCAGUAUCUGUUGCUCAUCUUUAACCCUAUUUUCAGUCUCUAUGUGUAUAGCAGUAUUUUUUAAUAAAGAAUUGCAGAGAUAAA